AUGGAUGACGUGCUCAACACACAGUUUGCACGCGUUGAAAAGGCCCUGACCACGCUAGUCGAUUCCAUCGCUGCUUACAACCCAGCCCCACAGGCCGCCAUCGAUCUCUUCACCGCCGACGACGAACUGAGUGAAGGGCUGGACCAGCUUGCCAAACACCAAGCAAACCAUGUUCGCAUUCAGCUCCUACGCGCCGAAGCCGAUGCACUUGAAGAGCAGCUCAAAAAUUCAGUCAAGAAACUCGCAGAACUGCGACAUGACCUCUUCAACACCCCAGUGACCACGUUCCCCCAAGACUCGCGCGCCGUUCCCUUUGAUGAGCUGCUGCAAUACGCGACCAACAUCUCCCGAUACACUGUACCGCCAACUUACCGCGAGCCUGUUCCUGUACCGGACAAGGACAAGGAAGAGGAAGACGUAGCUUCAAGCAGUCUUCCCACCAACGGUUUGAACACGCCUGCCAUCGUACCAGAGACCACAGAUCCGGCAAACGAUGGCCUUCAGGCCCAAAAAGAGGGCGGAGAUGCCGAUGCCCCCGCGCCUGAAGUCACCCCCGAAGAAGAGGAGUGGCUAAAGAAGCUCAAGGCUAGCAACUUGCCAUGGUACCCUUGGCCGAACAACGACAGGAUUCGCGCCGGCAACCUAUACAGUCUGCAGUACUGGCGCGAGAAGGGCAAGGAUCUGGAUACCUUCAACAUACCAGCGUAUAUGGAGGAGGAAAGGUUGAAGGCAUUGGGUCAGAAUGUCGAGUCGAAAGCUUCACCUGCCAAGGAACCCGAGGAACAUCGUGACCGGGGCGCUCCAAGACCAGCAAUCAAGCUUGGUGUGUUUACCGGUCUUGAUGAUAUGGAGGACUAA